AUGAAAGUUUCAGUCAUCCUUGCUAACCUUAUGCUGGCUGCAGCUGCCGUCCAAGCCUUGAUUCCUCAACAACAAUCCAAUCAGCAUCAUUCGCAAUCAUCAGUGGUCGAUAGCCGACGGUCCAUGUUGCAAAAGGCUGGAGCAUUGGUAGCUGGAGGUGCAUUUUUGGGUUUGGAGCCAAAGGCAGCGUUUGCUAGUGGAGGUGCCACUGCAGGAAAAUACACUACUAUUCCUAUUGCCAAGAGAAGAUACUAUGGCAGAGUACAAGCUGCCGUUCACGAUUUUCUAUUGCUCGGUCCCGAAGUUGUCAAGGGCGAUAUGAGUUCUGCCAGCAUUAAGAAAUUCUUUGAUGUCAAUGCCUUGGUCGUCGUCGAAGCUAGAUCACAAUCCAUCAAUGGUCAGUGCACCAAAAAGGAUUCAUCCUGCAAAGGACAAGAGGUCCGCGACUCUCCCUACAAUGAUAUGAAGACCAGCAUGUAUCUACUAGGAAAUGCCUUUCGUAUCAAUCAACAAAAGCCACCAGAUGUCUUGCCAAGUGUCAAGGCCGCCAAGGCCUUUUUCAAGGAAAUGGAUGCCAUGGAAAAGCGAGUCAAAAAGGGCAAAGAAGGUGACAAGGAGGCGAUUGGACAUUAUGCCGCCGCCUUGGAGAUCUUGGAUACCUACUUGGAUUUGGUCGAACUCCCACCCAUUGAUUCCAACUGGUACGAACAAGAGUUCAGCCGUCAAGUUGGAGUAUCCUCACGCAUCAUGUAA